AUGAUACUUCCACUAUUAAUUUCUCCUAAAUACUUUUAUUCUCAUCCUUGUUUCACUUAAGUUUUAAGGCACAAUUAUAUCCAACAAUUUCAUAUAUGCAGGAACUCUUUAAUGGAUGUCAUAGAACCAGUCGUGGAUAUUGUGAAGGAUGUUGUACCUACAGUUAAGAAAUAUUUCAAGUAUCAGAUAUGUCACAAUGAUUAUGUCAAUGAAUUCAAAGAAAUGCAAACACAGCUGAAGCACCGACGGCAAGACGUUGAAGAAGAACUGCAUGCUCAACUUAGGCAGCCUGGGAAGAUUGCAAAGAAGGAAGUUGAAGCUUGGCUAGAGAAAGCAUACCAAGAAACUGCAGAAAAAGUGGUUGAAGAUCUAAUCUGCAAAGGGGGCUGUUUCACAUAUAUUUCGUCCUCAAGAAAGCUCGAUAAAAGGAUUCAGUCAUUGACUGAAGGAAUAUUUAAGCAAGGAGAAAAGUACACUAGUGCUGAUGAGAGUUUGGUCGUAGAUACUCCCUCAAUUGAUUAUUGGGCAACUGUAUUUGAAGAAAAGCAGGAGAUGCUGAAGCUUCGACAGAAGGACAUUGAAGCAGAAUUGGAGACUCAACUUAUGCAGCCUGGAAAGAUGGCAAGCUAUGUAGUUCAAGACUGGAUGAAGAAAGCAAGCCAACAGAUUGACAUAAAGGUUGAAGAUCUGUUCAGCCAAGGGGAAUGGUCCUCUCCAUCUGACCGCUGGAAAAAAAUUGAAGAAUUGAGGCAAAUACUUGAGCAAGGAAAAGAAUUCACUAAUGCUGGUGUGAUUUUGGUCAGAGAUGAUCACUCAAUCGAACGAUUUCCACUUCUCGUUGAAAAAUGUAGUGGCAGGGAUGCUAUACAAGAAAAAAUUCUGGAAUGCUUGAAGGCAAACAAGAUUACAAGAAUUGCAGUUUCGGGAAUGGGUGGUCUGGGCAAGACAACAAUUAUGAAGAAUGUCCACAACCAACUGUUGAAUGAAUCCAAAUUUGAGAAUGUUAUUUGGGUAACAGUGUCAAAAGACUUUAACAUUACUGUCCAGCAAAAAAAGAAGUUUGAUAUUCUCCAGUUUCAGAAAAAGAUUGCAAGUAGCUUGAAACUAGAACGAGAGCCAGAUCAUGAGAAUGAAACCAAGCUUGCUGCAUUGAUUUCACAAAGGUUGGGGCAGGGCAGCUUCUUGCUAAUUCUGGAUGAUGUGUGGGAGCCCUUUCCUCUAGAAGAUGUUGGAAUUUCUAAUCCAGUUGGAAAUAAUGGUUGCAAGUUAGUGCUCACGACACGGUCAAAAGAUGUUGCCCGUGCAAUGGAUUGUAAUGUGAUCCAUGUGAAACCUCUUCCACCUGAAGAAGCAUUAGAAUUAUUUUUGGAGAAAAUUGGAAGUGAAGUGUUUUCAGAUGGCAAAAUUAAAAGAGAUAUAGAGCCAUUUUUGAAGCAAAUUUUGCAGAAAUGUGAUGGAGUACCCCUUGCUAUUGUGACAGUGGCAAAAUCAAUGAAAGGGAAAUUACUUCCUCGUCAUUGGGAGUUGACACAAUCUGAAUUUAGUAAAUUUGAAAGCAUUAUUGAUUGUUUGAAAUUCAGUUAUGAAUGCCUAGAACAACAAUGCCAGGAGUGUUUUUUAUGUUGUGCAUUGUAUCCUGAAGAUUAUGAAAUAAAAAAGGAGGAGUUAAUUGAGUAUUGGAUUGAGGAAGGGCUUCUAUAUGAAGAAGGGAAAACUAGGGAGGCAAUGAAUUGCAAGGGUCAUGAUAUACUUGAUAAGCUAAUUGACAACUGCUUGUUGCAAUCGGUUAAAAAUAGAGGCAAACGAGAAUGUGUGAGUAUGCAUGAUCUUCUCCGAGAAAUGGCACUGGAAAUCAGUCCUCAAUUCUUGGUGAAAGCCGGCAUAGCCUUGGAGAAGUUACCAGAGGAGCAUGAAUGGAGAGAAAAUCUUUCGAAGGUUUCUUUAAUGAGGAAUCACAUAUCAGAAAUUCCUUCAAGCAUGCCAUCUCCAAAGUGUUCUGUGCUCACAACCUUGCUGUUGUCCAAUAAUGAGAUUUCAACAAUUCCAGAAGCUUUUUUUCAGCAUAUGCUUGGGCUCAAGAUUGUUGAUCUUUCCAACAAUUGUCAACUAAGAAGGCUGCCGAGUUCUAUCUCCAAAUUGGAGAAGCUUACUACAUUAUUGCUAUGUGGAUGUGAGGCCUUAACAGAGGUACCAGCAUUAUCCAACCUUGUAGGGUUAAAAAAGUUGGACCUUUUAGGGACAUCAAUUGAAGAACUACCGCAAGGCCUCAACAUGUUAACAAAUCUAAAAUAUCUUGGUCUUGGUGGAAGAUUAUCUGAAACUCUUGAUGAACCGCUACAAAAUCUCUCCAAACUUCAGCAUUUACUAGUAACUGCCGAUCUCCAUGCCGAAACAGAAUUUAAAUGGGAGACGAUUGGAAUUUGGGGGAAGCUUCAAAACCUUGAGAAGCUGAAUCUUUGUCUUUUGGAUAACUUGAAUAUGGUGUUUGGGGAAGUAGGAGCAAUUGCUGAGUCAGCACCGCUACCAGCUGGCACAUUUUCCUCUCUUCAAUAUAUUAGGGUUUGGCAUUGUAAUAAAAUAAAGAAGUUAUGCUCGGUAAGGUGGCUGGGAUAUCUCCAGAAACUACAGAUUGUUGAGGUUUGUUAUUGUGAGCAAUUGGAGGAGAUAAUAGGGUCUGAAUCUAAAGAUGGAGAAAAAGUCACUCUACCCAACUUAGAAAGGUUGGAAUUGCUCGGAUUGCCCCAAUUGAAGACCAUCUAUAGCGGUUCUUUGAUUUGUGAUUCCAUCAAGAAGAUUGAUCUGAAAUCUGUGUUUGAUGAAAAGGGUCUUGGUUUAUCGCCACUUGUACCUCCCACAAGCUUUUUCUCUCUUAAAGAAAUUAGGGUUGAUAGGUGUGAUCAAUUAAAGAAGGUAUUCUCAUCUGGAUGGCUGCUCCGCUACUUCCAAUCUCUAGAGACUAUUAAGGUUUCAAGUUGUUUCCAAAUGGAGGAGCUGAUAUCGUCAUCGGCACAUGGAGAAGAAAAAGUCACUCUACCCAAGCGUCUGACGAUUUCCGAGUGUGAGAAGCUAAAGAGGAUUCCUUUGAAUUUUCCCUUGCUUGAUAAUGCCCAAUCAUCUCAUCCUCCUACCCUCAAAGAAAUUGAGCAAUUGGGAUUCGGCUCGGUAACCACAAGAAAGUUGGAGGAAAUCACAUAUGCACUAGUUGCUCUUGCUAUUGGGUUUUCAAUGUAAUAUAAUCUUUGUUUUUCUUUUGCUGUGUGUGUUGUGUGUUUAAAUAUGUCCAAUUUUAAGUGGAAAAUUGGAAAUGUUUGUUUCUUUUUUAUCUGUGUAUUGUUGUCUUUGAAACUAUGUGGGAAAAAGACUUGAAACUGUAUUUGCUUUUCUUAUAAUAUGUAUUUCAAUUUAUUGCAUUUGCAUAUCUCCUCAAAUUUCAUUCAGCAACAUUAUCAUCAUCAACAAAAACCGAAACUUACUUUCAUCAACAAUAGCGACACACUCUGUUACUUUAUAUUCUUAGAAUUGCCCAAGGACUAGCAUUCAAGUCAGAGGACACUUCUCUUCUCUUUUUGCCUUUUUUUGUCUCUUUUUUUUUUUGGUGCAUCAUCAACAUUAAACUGUAUUUGCCAUUUUUUUCAUCAACAUUAGGUUCACUUAUUUAAAAAAUUUAGUAGUGUAACUAUGAAUCAUGCAUUACCUAUUGCGUGCUACCUUCUGUUUACCUUAGGGGAUUUAGCAAAAAUCAUGUUGCGCCAGUUGCAUGUGUAUUGAGACAACUACAGGGGGAAAUUAUAGAGCUUUCUUUGUCCUUUUUAAGUUUUCCUUAAUUGUUACAGUUUUGCCAUUCAUUUCUAGCCCUUAUUGCCCUACCUCAAAUUUGAUUCCUUUUUUCCGUAGUCUCUAUAUUUGCUCUUAAAGAUGUCUGGUUUGGCGAUGAAAAGAUUGACUAGAUUUUAGUAGUUUCAGUACCCUUGCUAGGUAUUUGCUAACUGUGCUUAAAGACUGUUGUGCUGAUGUAGUAUUUUAUUUGUGGUAUUGAUGCAAUAUAAGAUGUAAGAGCUU